GUUUGUCUCGAUAGCUACCUACAUGAUACGCGCUCACCUUGGGAGACUUUUCACAAACUAGCUAACUUAGUAUAUCAACUAUCGAUAGCUAAGGUAAGCUCUGAUGGCGCAGUGUGUGACCAAGGUGGAGCUGACGGUGUCCUGUGAACACCUCCUCGACAAGGAUGUGGGAUCUAAGUCAGACCCUUUGUGCGUGUUGCUGAUGAGCAAUGCUGCGGACCAGUGGUACGAGGUGGGCCGGACGGAGAGGGUGCAGAACUGCCUCGCCCCGAAGUUCGCCAAGAAGUUCCUCAUCGACUACUACUUCGAGCUGAUGCAGAAGCUCAAGUUUGGGGUCUACGACAUCGACAACAAAACGAUCGACCUCGGCGAUGACGAUUUCCUGGGGGAGCUGGAGUGCACUCUGGGACAGGUCGUGUCCAGCAAGAAGCUGACCCGACCCCUGGUUCUGAAGAACAAGAGGCCAGCAGGAAAAGGCGCCAUCACAAUCUGUGCCGAGGAGAUAAAGGACAACAGGGUGGCCAAUUUUGAGGUGGAGGCCAGAAAACUGGACAACAAGGACUUGUUUGGCAAGUCAGACCCUUACCUGGAGUUCUACAAGCAGAUCGAGACAGGAUGGCAGCUUGCACACAGGACAGAGGUGGUGAAGAACAACCUGAACCCCACCUGGAAGCCGUUUCGCAUCCCCCUGCAGUCUCUGUGUGGGGGGGACAUGGACAAGCCCAUCAAGGGCUCCACUGCUUUCAAUCACCGGUAG